AUGACGGUAUGUGAACCUUCACAUAUUGAUGACGGUAUGAAACCUUCACAUAUUGAUGAAGGUGUGGAACCUUCACAUAUUGAUGACGGUAUGAAACCUUCACAUAUUGAUGACGGUAUGAAACCUUCACAUAUUGAUGACGUGGACAUGGCCAGAAAUUCUCUGGUUAUGGUCCAAAGGUUUUGGGCUUCCGGCCUCCAUCACUCACAUGUGAUAUUGUUUCCCCUGGACGACUACGAUAUGAUGCUGGAAGAUCUUCAGACACAAGAUGUACCCAACAUGAUGCUGGCAGAUCUUCAGCCACGAGAUGAACCCAACAUGAUGCUGGCAGAUCUUCAGACACAAGAUGAACCCAACAUAAUGCUGGCAGAUCCUCAGACACGAGAUGUACCCAACAUGAUGCUGGAAGAUCUUCAGACACAAGAUGAAACCAACAUAAUGCUGGAAGAUCUUCAGCCACAAGAUGAACCCAACAUAAUGCUGGAAGAUCUUCAGACACAAGAUGAACCCAACAUGAUGCUGGCAGAUCUUCAGACACAAGAUGAACCCAACAUGAUGCUGGAAGAUCUUCAGACACAAGAUGAACCCAACAUAAUGCAGGCAGAUCCUCAGACACGAGAUGUACCCAACAUGAUGCUGGAAGAUCUUCAGACACAAGAUGAACCCAACAUAAUGCAGGCAGAUCCUCAGACACAAGAUGAACCCAACAUAAUGCUGGAAGAUCUUCAGACACAAGAUGAACCCAACAUAAUGCAGGCAGAUCCUCAGACACGAGAUGUACCCAACAUGAUGCUGGAAGAUCUUCAGACACAAGAUGAACCCAACAUAAUGCAGGCAGAUCCUCAGACACAAGAUGAACCCAACAUAAUGCUGGAAGAUCUUCAGACACAAGAUGAACCCAACAUAAUGCUGGAAGAUCUUCAGACACAAGAUGAACCCAACAUAAUGCUGGAAGAUCUUCAGACACGAGAUGAACCCCACAUGAUGCUGGCAGAUCUUCAGACACGAGAUGAACCCCUCAUGAUGCUGGCAGAUCCUUCAGCACAUAAUAUAUCCACCUUAUAA